AUGGAGCAGCCCUGCGGCUGUCUGUCCUCGGAGCUGUCUUUCCUGGUGGAGCCCAGCGACGUGAUCGCGGUGAGGGAUCGCCCGCUCAUGCUGGACUGUCGGGUUCAGGGCGAGGAACCCAUCAUGGUCACGUGGCGUAAAAACGGGGUGCCUUUACCCACCAGCCCGCGGGUUCGGGUGCUGGCGAAUGGCACGCUGUUCAUCCAGAGCUUCCAGAAACGCAGAGAGGGGAGCGACGCCGAUAUGGGCGAGUACGACUGUGCCGCCCAGAAUCGCUAUGGCUUGCUGGUCAGUCGCAAGGCCAAAGUCCUGCUGGCAUCUCUUCCUAAGUUCCACACCCACCCGGUGUCCAUGGCUGUGGAUGAGGGAGGCGUUGCUCGUUUCCAGUGUCAGAUCAACGGAGUACCUGAGGCCAUCAUCACCUGGGAGAGAGACAGAGUACCACUCAACACCACUGAAAUUAGGUACACUCUGCUGCCAAUGGGUAUUCUCCAGGUGACAGGUGUGAGACAGGCAGAUGCUGGGGUUUUCCGAUGUGUUGCCGCCAACCCAGCCAACACUCGCUACAGCCAUGAGGCCAUGCUCAACGUCACGGGUGGAGCUUCCAGAAUCUACAAAGAGCCGUUCAUCCUGUCAGGACCCCAGAAUCUGACCCUCACUGUCCAUCAGACGGCCAUCUUGGAGUGCAUCGCCACAGGAAACCCGAAGCCCAUCGUUUCCUGGAGCAGGCUAGACGGACGAUCCAUUGGAGUGGAGGGUAUCCAGGUCCUGGGGACGGGGAACCUGAUGAUCUCAGACGUUUCCCUGCAGCACUCUGGUGUGUAUGUCUGUGCCGCCAAUCGGCCCGGCACCAGAAUGAGGCGUACUGCACUCGGACGACUCGUGGUACAAGCUCCUCCCGAGUUCCUGCAGUGGCCGCAGUCCGUGUCCAAACCAGCAGGGGGCAGUGCAGUGUUCACCUGCGUGGCCCAGGGUGUCCCCGAGCCUCACCUCAUCUGGCUGAAGAACGGGAAGGUCCUGAUGCCCGGACACAACGUCAAGCUGACCAACAACAACAGCACUCUGGCUCUGACCCGUAUCAGCGCAGAGGACGAGGCCAUCUACCAGUGCAUCGCAGAGAACAGUGCCGGGACCAACCAGGCCAGCGCCCGUCUGGCUGUGGCCCAGGCUAAAGACCUGCCCGCCGCCCCCCAGGGCCUCACAGCCAGCGGCCUGUCCGCCAACGCCCUGCAGAUCACGUGGAACCAGCCGCCUUCCAACGUCACCGACAGCAUCAUCGGAUACGUCCUGCACAUCCGCAAGAUAGGAGAGCCUGACAGUCUGGAGCUGCAGGAGGCCAUCAGUAAAGGCACCUUCCAGCAUGAUGUGACCAACCUGGAACCGGCCACCACCUACAGCCUCUACCUGAAGGCCUACUCUCCUCUGGGCGCCAGCCAGCAGUCCCGCACUGUGGUGGCUACAACGCUGGGUGGAGUACCGACCCCUCCCACCUUCUUCACCAAGGUGGUGAACUCCAGCGCUGUGCAGGUGCUGUGGGAGCUCCCCAGUAAGGCCGGCAAGGCUGAGGGCUUCAGGCUGUCCUACCGCAAGGUCCCCCACGCCGACUUCCAGGGACCCGUCCAGCUGCCCUGUCAAAUCAAUGCACACACCAUCUCCAACAUGGGGGAGUAACCGGGCGCGGUGUACGAAGUCAAACUGGUGGCCUACAAUGGAAACGGCGAGAGUGACUGCUCCAAGAGACUGGUGUCGCUGGCGGAGGAAGGCCUGAGUGACCAAAGCACAGGGGGCAACAGUCUGUGUCAGUGCAGGGAUGGAGAGGCCUCUCUGGGCAGCAUUGUCAUUGGCAUCCAUAUUGGCACCGCCUGCAUCAUCUUCUGCGUGCUCUUCCUCAUGUUCGGAUACCGACGCAGUCUUUUCUGCAGUAAAGGGACUCAGGACAGCUGGUCUGUACCGAGGGACAACACAGGACACAUGAGGAACCCUAAAGAUGGAGCAAACUGCCCCAGAGUGGAGUCAACGCCUCAGGUGGUCUGUCCAGCAGAGUGCCAGGUCAUCAUUGAGCAGCAGUCAUCAGGUUUGCCUGGCAUUGGCACUGGCUAA